AUGCAGUAUAAUAUCUCCUUCAUGUCCCUUCUUGAAACAAAAAUCAAAGAUACAAAAGUUCUAGAUAUUGCUAAAAAGAUAGCAAAUAAUUGGGACUGGUGCUCAAAUGCUAGCUGCACUGAAAAAGGCAGAAUUAUAUCACUAUGGGACCCCAGCUUUCUAGAAGUUCAUAUUAUCAAAUCAUCACCUCAACAAAUUACAUGUAAUGUCAAAGCUCUUGAUGGUAGUCUCAAUUGUAUCAUUUCAUUAAUCUAUGGAUACAAUUCCUCUGAAUCUAGGAAAGAUCUGUGGAAUGAAUUAGGCCUCAUUCAACAAACUUCUGGAAAUAUUCCAUGGCUCCUUAGUGGAGAUUUCAAUGCUAUGAUCAACAAUGAGGAAAAAUUGGGGGGUGCUGUGUUAACUGAAGCUGAUACAAGAGACUUCAAUGAGUUUAUUGAUGACUGUCAGCUCUCCCACCUCAAAACCAUUGGUUGUUUCUAUACAUGGAACAACAAGCAAGAUACAAUCACUAGAGUGUGGAGUAACCUCAAAACCAUUGGUUGUUUCUAUACAUGGAACAACAAGCAAGAUACAAUCACUAGAGUGUGGAGUAGAUUAGACAGAGCCCUAGUCAAUGACCAAUGGAUCAAUCUGGUUAACUCAAGUCAUGUUGAGUAUAUGCUCCCUAGUUUUUCUGACCAUUCUCCCGCCCUUGUUUUAAUCUAUGCAGAUAAUAUUCAGGGGGAAAAGCCUUUUAAAUUCUUCAAAAUGUGGACAAAGCAUGAUGAUUUCUUGCCUACAGUUUCAGCUAUAUGGGGGUCCUAUGUUGAUGGCUACAAAAUGUUCUCAGUCUUCUCUAAACUGAAACAACUGAAAGGAUCGUUGAAGGAGCUAAACAAAAGACAUUUCCACAACAUUAGCGAACAGGUCCAAAGAGCAAAACUGGCAUUGGAGGAAAUUCAAAAGAAGCUUCAAUCUGACCCCUUUAAUGAUGCACUCAUUAGUCAAGAAAGAAGCCUUAAUCUUAUGGGAUCUGCCACUCCAACUUCAACUCCAGACAUCAAUGUAAUCCGCAGUGGCCCUUGCCUAUUAGAAAGCCAUGCAAAUCUGUUAUAUGCACCAGUUACUAAAGAUGAGAUAAAAGUUGCUAUGUUCUCCAUGCCUGAUAACAAAGCACCAGGUCCCGAUGGAUAUAGUGCAUCUUUUUUCAAAUCUUCUUGGUCGAUUAUUGGAGAUGAAGUCACAGCUACAAUUAAAGAAUUUUUCAGAAUGGGAAAAUUACUAGGGGUAGUAAAUUCUACCUAUAUAGCACUGAUUCCAAAAAUCCAAUGCCCUAAGACCCCUACUGAUUUCAGACUUAUCUCCUACUGUAACUGUCUCUACAAAAUCAUCUCAAAAAUCCUAGCAAACAGAAUUCAAUCUGUCAUGGGUUUCCUCACCAAUGAAGCUCAAUGUGCCUUCGUGAAGAGUAGACAAAUUACAAAUAACAUGUUGCUAGCACAUGAACUUGUUAAAAAUUAUGGAAGAAAGCAUGUGUCCCCCAGAGUUAUGAUCAAUAUUGACAUCAGGAAAGCCUUCGACACAAUCAGUUGGAAAUUCCUGCAAGAUAUUCUCAAUGACAUGGGUUUUCCAAAGGUAUUUACUAGCUGGAUUACUACUUGCAUUCCCACUCCAAGGUAUUCCAUUUCUCUUAAUGGAUCUUUACAUGGUUAUUUCAAAGGCAAAAGAGGUUUAAGACAAGGUGACCCCCUCUCUCCAUAUCUUUUCAUUCUUGGAAUUAAGGGGGAGCUUUAUUCAGUUCAAAAAAUCUAUGACUGUGUAAAAGAUUUUGGUGAAAAAUCUGGUUUGGAAGCAAAUCCAUCUAAAUGUGCUAUUUACUAUGGAGGGGUUGAAGAAUCAAUUAAGGGUGUUAUAAGGAACAGUUUAAACUUUCCUGAGGGAAGUUUACCAAUCAAAUACCUUGGUCUGCCUCUUAUAAGUAAAAGAAUGUCAUAUAUAGACUGCAGUCCACUUUUCAUUAAGAUUUUAGGUCAGUUUCAAGCUUGGGUCAAGCUUAAAAAGCUGUCAUAUGCUGGUAGAUUGCAGAUUAUUAAAAGUGUCAUCCUGGGCAUCCAAAUUUUCUGGACUUCUUGCUACAUUCUUCCAGUUAAGGUCUUGCGCAGAAUUGAUGAGCUCUGUAGAAACAUUUUGUGGGGCAACUCUGAUCAGAAAUUUAAACCUCCUCUUGUGAAUUGGGAAAAAGUUUGCACUGGAAAAAAGAAUGGAGGCCUUGGUAUUAUUUCUGCUUCCUUGUGGAACACUGCUGCUGCAUUGAGAACUAUCUGGAUUUGGAAUGCCAUCAUGGACUGGUUGAAAUUUAAAUGGAGGGCAUCGGAAUGGAGGCUAUUACUGGAUUGGUAUAAUUCCAGGCUAAAGGGAAAGGGUAUCACUCAAAGAAUCAAAAGAAUGGCUCUCUCUACUGCUGUAUACACUAUCUGGAGAGAAAGGAAUGACAAACUUUUCAAAGGACAGACCAGAAGCAGUGAUCAUUUGAUUAAAAGCAUUAAAGUGGAUAUCUUAACUAUUCUUCUCAAUUCCCCAAUCCCAGCUGAAGAAAAAGUUUGGCUCUCCUCACUAUAG